AUGUCUGCACGUAUGAGUCGACUCUCUUCUUUCUCCUCAACUGUGGAUAACGACGCUGUGCGCGGCGAGCAAGAAGCCGCCGCCCAUGCACAGAAGCUCCUCCAGAACUUCAGGGAAGAGAUCAAGAAGGGAGAGGCCAAGUAUGAUAUGUCCACCUUGUCGAGCAUCAUUGAUCUGCUCAGGCAUCCUGACGGAAUCGACGACCGUAAGAUGCUGCUCGAGCACGUCCUGGUCUAUCUCUCCAAUCACUCCGAGGGCAGCCUUGGCGCGAAGCUCCAGCAAGCCACAGUGGAACUCCUCUACAACGACUUGCCCCACCCCCCAGAGACGUUCGUAGGGAACGAGUACUCCUGGCGCACAGCGGACGGCUCCAACAACAACCCAGCCUAUCCCGACCUGGGAAAGGCGCGCACGCCCUACGCGCGGAGCGUCCAGCAGACCCACCCGCUGCCUCGCAACGAGCUGCCCGACGCUGGCCUCGUCUUCGACACCCUCCUGCGGCGCGAGGGAUUUACGAAACACCCCGCGGGACUGUCAAGCAUGAUGUUCGCCUUUGCAGCGCUCGUCAUCCACUCGGUGUUCCGGACGUCCCACGAGAACGUCAGCAUCAACGAGACCUCCUCCUACGUCGACCUCGCGCCUCUGUACGGCAACAACCAGGAGGCCCAGGACAAGAUCCGCGUGCGCGACGGCCGCGGGCUCCUGCACCCCGACACCUUCGCCGAGGACAGGCUGCUCCUGCUGCCGCCCGCGGUCUGCGUUCUCCUUGUGCUCUUCAACCGCAACCACAACUACAUCGCAAAGAUGCUCCUCGAGCUGAACGAGCGGGGGACCUACGCCGACCCGUCCACGCUGCCCGCCGGCGACCCCACGCGCGCGUCCGCGCUGCUCGCGCAGGAAGAGGACAUCUUCCAGACCGCGCGCCUCGUCAACUGCGCGUGGUUCGCGUCGGUCGUGUUCUCGGACUACUUCAGCGCGAUCCUCGGGCUCGUGCGGGACGGCAACAGCUGGAGCUUGAACCCGUUCGGGGAAAUCAGGGAGCUGGACCACGGGAUUUUCGAGCGCAGCCGGGGAAACGCCUGCAGUGUCGAGUUCAACUGUCUGUACCGCUGGCACGCGACGACCUCGCAGCAGGACGAACAGUGGGUCGAGCAGCUGUUCGGCCAGAUCUUCCCCGACCAGACGUGGGACAAGAUCACGAUCAAGGACUUCAAGCAAACCGCCAAGAAGCUCCAAGCGACGGAGCCGGACGUCACGCAGUGGACAUUCGGAAACUUGAAGCGUCAGGACGGGACGCUGACGUUCAAGGACGAGCAGCUGGCGGACAUUAUCCAGAAUGCGACCGCGCACCCCGCCGGCGCUUUCAGGGCGCGCGGCACCCCGCACGUCAUGCGAUUGCACGAGAUCAUGGGGAUCGAGUCCAACAGACAGUGGGGCUGCUGCUCGCUGAACGACUUUCGGAAGUUCCUGGGUUUGAAGACGUACUCGACCUUCCUCGAGUGGAAUUCUGACCCCGAGAUUGCCUCCGCGGCUGAGAAGCUCUAUGGCCACAUCGACCGGCUCGAGCUCUACGUCGGCCUGCAAGCAGAAGCCGCCAAGCCGGUCAUCGAGGGCGCAGGCCUGUGCCCUGGGUACACGAUCAGUCGCGCUAUCCUCAGCGACGCGAUUGCGCUCACCCGGGGUGACCGCUUCUUCACCGCGGACUAUACGCCGUUCAACAUGACCUGCUGGGGCUUUGCGGACUGCCAGCGGGAUCCCAACGCGCCGGGCUACGGCAGCAUGCUCGGCAAGCUCUUCUUGCGGACGCUGCCCGGCCAGUUCACCAGCAACAGCACGUACACGUGGUUCCCCCUCAUGACGCCCGAGGCGAUGCAGACGGUCUUGACGAAGCUGGGCGACGUCGCGCUGUACAACUUGAACCGGCCCGCGACGAUCGCCCCCGUCCCGGUGGUCAGGGACUACGCGGACGUGGCGCAGGUGUUGGGCGACGAGCAGCAGUUCACCGCGCGGUAUGCCAGCCGUGCCGGGCGGGUGAUCAGCGGGCGCGGCUUCUUCAUGGCGUCGGACGACCCCGCGCGGGCGGAGCGGGAGCAGCGCGCGCUCGUCGGCGUCCUGGCGGAGUCCACGGACAAGAUCACGGGCUUCUUCUACGAGAAGACGCGCGAGCUGAUGCAGCGCGAGUCGUAUGCGCUGGUGCAGUCGAGCACGCGCGCCGUGGACAUCGUGCGGGACGUGCUCAAGUACGUGCCCAUCCACUGGGCGAGCGAACUCGCGGGGAUACGGCUCAAGUCGAGCGCCACCGCCGAGGGCGAUUACACCCCGCAGGAGCUCUUUGAUACGGUGUCCGACAUCUAUUCGUUCCUCUUCCUGGACGUCGAUGCGUCCAAACUGCUCAAGCUCGAACAGAAGGUCAAGGCUGACGUCGAGAAGCUCCUUGGUAUCAUCAGGAACGCGUCUGGCGGGGGCUCGAGGCUGUCGAUAGUCGGCUUCGUGGAGACGAUUGCCGAGAUGUUCCUCGGUCAGAAGAAGAGCGACUUUGACGAGCUGCGGGAGCGCCUCGCAGUCCUGGGCUACUCGUCAAACACGCUUGCGAACACCAUCCUGGCGGUGCUCGUGGGUGCAACGGUGGAGUUAUCACAAGCUAACAUCAACGUGAUCAACUUCUAUCUCGACGAGAAUAAGCCGACGGAUGUGCAGGUCCUGGCGUCCAAACCCAGCUUCGACGCGAAGGACGAGGCGCUCCUGCAGGGCUUUGUCAACGAGGCUCUUCGCUUCGACCCUCCGUUCCGCGGCGUGUACCGGCAAGCGACGCGCCCGACCGCUGUGGGCACUCAAUCGGUGAAGUCGGGCGAGACCGUGUUCUUGGACAUCGCGAGCGCGCGCAUGGAUCCGCGCGUCUUCGUGGACCCCACCACCGUCGAUCCCCGCCGAAGCGGGGCGGAGCGGUACCUGCUGGGCGACGGCGUGUCGAGGUGUCUCGGGCGGGAUCUGUCUACCAAGAUCAUGGGCAGCGUGGUUCGUGCGGUGUUUAGCUACAAGCAUCUCCGCCGCGGGCCGGGACAGUCUGGCGCGCUCAAGCGCUACAAGACGGACGCGUCGGAGACGAGUACAUAUAUGUACCUCUCGCCGACGCAGGAGCUGACGCCGUGGACGCCGUCGAUGGUCGUGCAGUUUGACUAG